AUGUCCGACCAAAAAGUCGACGAUCAGCCUCCAGUCACGGAACGAAAUAGAAGUCAAAUCAUCAUCGGGAUUGAUUUCGGUGCAACAUUCACUGCUGCUGCCUACACUGUUGCAAGCGAUGACAUGAUGAAGGUCAAGGUCCUGGGUCAAUGGCCCAAAAGCUUUGCGAGGCCUAUCAAAGGAUUCACGAAACAACCAAAAAUUGAAACAGUCGGAUACUACAAUCAGUUCUUGAAAAUGGUAGGCUGGAGCGAAAGCGAAGAUGAAGUCAUUUCAUAUGCUGGCUAUCCAAGACCUGGAAUUCAAAAGAUUGAGGAAUUCAGAUAUCAUUUUGCUCCUCUCAAAGACGCCACCCUAGAGAGCCCACCACUUCCCCCUGGGAAAACAAUCGAAGGAGUCAUGGUUGACUUUCUUAGUCACGUCCGACAAAGCAUACUUUCACAACUUCCGGACGCCUCAAACUUGUCAUCAGGUACAAGUCAAUUUAGUCACCGUUACUUGAUUACUAUACCUGCCUCAUGGAAUGAAGACGCCCGAUCGAAGCUGCGCUCGAUGGCUAAAGAAGCUGGUUUCAGGGUGAGAUCCGAGCAUGAUUUUGCCUUGGUUACUGGCACAGAAGCAGCCUUUUUGCAAGCUAACUUUGAUGACUCCUCGUCUUUUGGAGUCGGAGAUAAUGUCCUCGUUGCAGACUGUGGCGGCCAUCUUGUGGAAAUGGUUACUUAUGAAGUCAAAUCCAAGGACCCUUUGAGACUGGCCAAAUGUACCGAUCUCUCUGUGGGCGCCGCUGGAGCUAGCAAAAUUAGCAGCUGCUUCCAUAAUAUUGUUCGUGGAAAGAUCAAGAAGAUGAAGCUGGUGAAUAGACCCCCUCGUGUUUACGCAAAAUGCCGUGACUUUUUUAGAAGUGAGGUCAUCCCUCAGUUUGGGAACCCCGAUUACCCGCCCCCAGCUUGCUUGGAUCUUGAAAGGGCUGGGGACUUUUGGUGUGAUGUGGGUAUAGAGUUGGAAUUUCCCGAGGCAGAUAUUGAGGAGGGGCGUAUGUGGUUUACCAAGGAAGAAAUGCUUUCUUGCUUUGAUCCCUCUGUGAACCAGAUUUUGGGUAUGAUUGAGGAGCAAGUUUCCGCUAUUGAAUUACAACAAAAGACACUCAAGAGCUGUCUUUUCGUGGGAGGUUCUCUUGUGAACCCUUAUCUUUCCAGCAGAGUCAACUCAUGCUUAUCACUACUCGAACUCAAAGUCAUCCAGUCAGAUAUCACUCUAGCUUGUGUAAAGGGCGCCGUAUUGGCUGGGAUGAGAGACAUUUCGUGA